CAAGGACGAGCAUAGACAGGUGUAAAGUUACUCAAUGACGUCAUUGAUGUACACGUCCAUGAUGCAAUGUUUAGGUGAAUGGUUUCGUUGACGAAGUAUAACAGUAUUUACUAUAAAGACUAAUGGUUAGAUAGAAAUAAUGUUGGAUUCCUUUUACUUAAGAUAAAACAGACACAAUUCAAUUGUUCACAGAAAAUUGACAAUCAAAACAAAGAAUUUUCUUAGUUCGCUUGAAAAAAACUGCUGUAAAACAGCAUGACUAUCCCGCUAAAGACUUUAGAAGAAUAGUCGACGAUCUACGUUUGUUAUAGAAUGAAAGCAUAUUCAUAGUUUGGACGAUUAUUUUCACAAGACAAAAUGUCUUCUGACACAACCCAAACUGCGACAGUCAUUAAAGGUGCACCAACAAAAUACGUAAAAUUGAAUGUUGGAGGAUCUCUUCAUUAUGUCACUCUCGGCACUUUAACUAAACAAGAUAAUAUGUUAAGGGCGAUGUUUAGCGGACGCAUGGAAGUUUUAACGGACACAGAAGGUUGGAUCUUGAUAGAUCGUGCUGGAAAACACUUUGGAUGUAUUUUGAACUUUUUACGUGAUGGUACAUCAUGUCUACCAGAUAGUCGUCAAGAGCUAGAGGAACUUUUAGCAGAAGCAAAAUUUUAUUUAAUUGAAGAACUUGUUAAACAAUGUGAAGAAGCCUUAAGAAAGAAAGGAGAUAGUCUUUUACAGUGUUGCAUUGUUCGACUGGCUACAUCUGCCAAACAGGAAAAAAUACUUGUCAACCAAAGUGACAAGCCUGUGGUGAAGUUUUUAUACAACAGAUCAAACAACAAAUAUUCCUAUACGAGUCAUUCUGAUGAUAACUUACUUAAAAACAUUGAACUCUUCGAUAAACUCUCCCUGCGUUUUCAUGAACGAAUCUUGUUCAUAAAGAAUGUCAUUGGAAGUGGGGAAAUCUGUUGUUGGACAUUUUAUGGUAAUGGAAAGAAAGUUGCAGAAAUUUGUUGUACUUCCAUAGUCUAUGCAACUGAACGAAAGCACACUAAGGUUGAGUUUCCUGAAGCAAGAAUUUAUGAGGAGACAUUAAAUGUUUUGCUUUAUGAAAAAAUAGGAAACAGUCAACCAGAUGCAGAACUUUUAAGGGCAUUAGGAACAACGCUAGGUGUUGAUGAUGAUGAAGAUGGACCUGUCCGUAGGCACAAGAGUGGUGCUGGAGAGUAACAACACCUUCAUACUUGAAGUUUACAUAAUUUAAGAAAUGAAAAAACUAUGUUUAGCAUGUUUGUACCAUAGCAUUAUACCAUUCAUAUAUCAUUGAAAAACUGAAGUGUUUCACUUGAAUGUCUGUGCAAGUAGCCAGACAUGUUGUAGGAGAGUUGAUGAUAGGAAAAAUUGUGUCUUCAUUUACUAUUAUUAAUUUACAGCUUGUAAUUUUCAUAAAGUCUAAACUGCUAGUUAAUGCACGUGCAUAGUCAAUCUUCAGAGAAACAUUCUAUUUUCAUUAUGAAUAUCGUGUAAAAAUGCAAAUAAACAAAACAGUGCAUGCAGUAAAA